AUUGGAGGCGAGGAGGAGCCACGCCGGGGCUCAAGGAAUGGCCGCUCUCCGCCACCUCGCCGCCGGCCCCACCUGCCACCACCACCACCACCACGGCGUCGCGGCAGCCACCGCCUCCCUCCGGCUCCAUCGCCUCCCCCUCCCCUUCCGCCCCCUUCGCUCCCGCUCCGGCUCCUUCACCAGGGUUUAUGCGAUCUCCAGCAAUGACAUCAGGGUCGGCACCAACGUCGAGGUCGACGGCGCGCCAUGGAAAGUUCUAGAGUUCCUCCACGUCAAGCCUGGAAAAGGCGCUGCUUUCGUCAGGACAAAACUGCGUAACUAUGUAACUGGCAACACGGUCGAGAAAACCUUCCGUGCUGGAAGUACGCUACAGGAACCAUCCCUUUCAAAGGAGACCAAGCAAUUUACAUACAAGGAUGGCUCCCAGUUCGUGUUCAUGGAUCUGACAACAUUUGAAGAAAGUCGGUUAAAUGAAGCAGAUGUCGGUGACAAACAAAAAUGGCUGAAAGAGGGGAUGGACUGCAAUUUGUUGUACUGGAAUGGGAAGAUCAUUGAUUUCGACCUCCCAAUCACUGUGAGGCUGACUGUAACUGAUACUGACCCAGGGGCAAGUGAUAGUGCGCAAGGAGGAACAAAGCCUGCAACCCUGGAAACUGGAGCUGUUGUCACUGUGCCCUCUUUUGUGAACGUAGGCGAUGAUAUUCUGGUGGAUUCAAGAACUGGGCAGUAUAUGAAUCGAGCAUAACGAAUUGAAGAGGAUUUCGGAUUUGAGGAGAGUACUGCUUUUUUGUUUGACCAUUUUAGUCCCAUUCACUUGUACAAACGCCCUGGGUCUUUGGCCCCAGGAAAUUUACAUUUCUGCUGCAUGUGAAUCCUCACUCUGAUUAUAACCAUGUACAUCUUUGGUUUCCAGAUAUAAGGAAAAUUGUGUUCAGAUUUUUAAA